UCUGUUGUCAGUACAAUUAAUUCAUAAGUACAGACUUGUUCCUGACUCGUUUUUUUCUGUUUGAACAUGAAAUGUGUUUCAUCAGGAAAUGGCAUAACCUAUAAAACAUCUAAAUGUCGCAAUCAGGGCUACAGAUUUGUUGGCGUGUUGCGCGGAAGUCAUCUGCAUCCUCAGAGCCGCUGCUUUCACUUCCAUCCACUGCACGAGUGGACGCGUCUGAGCGCAGUUGAUCGCUGACAAGAUCUUUAAACUUCAGCUGCUCAUCAGAUAUGAAAGAUGAGAGGAUACAUAUUUGGAGUAAUUGUACUUUUGAAAUAUUGCAUCUGCGAUGAUUGGCAUGACUUCGAUGGAGACAUUAAGGACUUUGUAGUUGGUAACAGAAAGUUGUUUGUUCUUACUGACCAUCGACUACAUCAGAUGAGACACGAUCUAUAUGAGGAGAAGAGGAAAGACAUCACUAAUGCAACUCACGGUAAUAGAGUCAACAUUCUGGUGCCUUUUGACACCAACGGCACUCUGAUAACGUGUGGGACUUUUGAAGAUGGAUAUUGUGAAGUUCUUGAUAUAAAUGACAUUACAAACAGUAUUUACUAUGAAAGUAAAAUAUUAGUAGGACCGCGACAGGAUGAGAAAUCUGUUGCCUUCAUAGCCGAUAGAUACCUUUUGGUUGGGAAAAAGGAUGAUGAUGCAAAACCUCAAGAUACCAUAUAUACUGUUGUUACCUUGCGUAGCACUUUACAGUCUCAACAAGGUGGGAUUUUUUCAAAAAAUGCAGAAAUGUCAGAGGCCAUCAUUGAGAGCACAGUGAGAGAUGUGGAGUUUGUUAAUGGAUUCCAGCAAGUUUCGCCCUCAGAAUCCUACUUAUUUCUCAACACAAAGACUGACUAUGAGAGGAAAGUGCUCGUCCUGUGGAUGAACAGCUCUAAAAGAAAAAAGACAGAAAUCAUCAGAUCCCUACAGGCUGCAACAAUACGAUGCUGCAGUGAUAAAGUUCGUCCAGUGCUCGUCGCCUCCACUGUUAUUCCCUCAGUGAACAGUGUUAUUUGGGCAGGUGUGUUCAGUGCACAGAAUCAGCAGGAUCCGGAGAACAGCGCGCUGGCUCUGUACGACAUCAGUAACGUUCAAGGUCAUGUGAACGGGUUCUGCGCCUACGGUGAAAAUCCAUGUGGUUCUCAGAGUGGUAGUGAACUUCAGCCGCUCAAUGUGGUGUUCAAGUACAGCUCAAUGUCAGCAGUGGCAGCAGUUAGAACUGGACCCUGGAUUGUGCUGUUCAUAGGAACCAGUGAUGGCCAACUCAUAAAGCUUGUGUUGGAUGAGAAAUUCACAGCAGGUUGUCCAAUAGUGCUGUACAAAUCUGAUGAUGAACGAAAAGUGUUUCCCAAAAUGCACUUUGAUCCAGUAGGUUUCAAACAUAUCUACAUCGCUCUGAAGAAUCAG